AUGUCUUGGGAUAUUGAAUUGGAUGAUCAAUUAUUACAAGAUCUUUAUGCAUGGAUUGAUCAAAUACCAUUAAGUCGACCUAAAAAACGUAUUGAAAAAGAUUUUGCUGAUGGUGUUAUGGUAGCCGAAUUAAUCAAAUAUUAUUUUCCUAGUUGGGUAGAUUUACAUAAUUAUGCAGCAGCCAAUAAUACACAACAAAAAUUAAUUAAUUGGGGACUUUUAAAUAGAAAAAUCUUCUGUCGAUUUGGUCUUAAUGUUCCGGAAGAGAUAAUGCGUGGUAUAUGUCUUGGUAGAGCUGGACUUAUUGAAAUAUUUCUUUACAAUUUACGAACAAAAAUAGAUGAUGUUCUUCAUCAAAAAGCAAAAACAACUCAAUCAAAUAGAAUAACACCUAGACAACGUCAACAAUAUUCACCAAUACCUAAACAAAAGGCAGUACCGAAAUCUCGAAUGCAUGGUGUAAAUAUAGAAAAAAAGUCUCAAUCAAUGCAUAAUUUAAAUACAGAUAUGGUUAGUCGUAUUGAAUACGAUGAAAAAGAACAAGAAUGUCUUGCCAAAGAAGAAGCAAUUCAAAUAUUACAAGCCAAAAUUCGUCGACUUGAACAUUUACUUCAUUUAAAAGAUAUUCGAGUUGAUGAUCUAUCAGAAAAACUUGAUAGAACACGAGCUGUAACAAAUGCUAGUGGAGAAUUAUCAAAUCGUCGUCAACGAAUACAUAUGCCUUUUAAUGGACGUAAAUAA